GGAUCAUAUCACGUGUAACAAUCUUUAUGAACUUUGUCUUGCUUUCACAUUCAAUUCAUUUCUUUCUUCACUCAACAAUUAGCACUUGCUGCUGCAUAUACCGUUACUCAAGAGCUGCAACUAAUAUUAAGGAAGAGCGAGAAAAGAAAAGCAAAAUUCUCUGGAUACAUUGCCCGCCUUUCCCCUACACAUUCAAAAAGACAAUUAUAUUUACACACAUUGUUUGCUCAUUGGACUAUUUUUGAAUUGUUCAUUCUACACUGCAUUCUCAACCUUAUUAAUACUUUCUCGACGUACAUUCAUCAUGUCAGAGUGGAUGGUCACCACGUCAAGUGCAGUUGUUCUGGACGAGGCGAUUCUGCAGCUCUGGUUGCUCGGACACAGUGUUGAACAAGCAACGACUCAACGAAUGCCUGCUAUUCAGCCGCCUGUGCCCUUGCGCGUGCUCAAGAGCUAUAUCACAUCUCAAUACAGGACCUAUGAAAUGAUGCACCAUUAUCUACACCACCCUCGGCACUUUGCAGGGCAAUUCAUGUUCCCUCUGUCUCACAGCGCAAAACAACAUCUCAUUGAAAAGUAUUACAGCUUUGAUGAGUCUGUUAUUAGGGAAAUUCUUGGCAAGAAGCUCAACUCGAGGACCAGGAAGGAUUUGGAUGAAGUGCACGAGAAGACAGGGGUGAAGAUUAUUAGCUGUCGUAGACAGUUUGACAACUUGAAGCGAGUCAUGAAAAAAGUUGAGGAUGCGGAAGGCAGAACAUUGGUUCAGGAUAUAGAACACCAGUUCUUGUUGCCACAUUACCUAGCUAGACAAUACGCUCAUAUCCUAUUUAUAGCAAACAACAGGUUGGACACAUUCCGGAAACGACUCUCAUGUUACCAGUUCUCAGAUUUUGAAUAUUGCGGAGCGGUUCUAAUGCAGUAUUGGACUGCAUCCACUAUGGACACAUUACCAGAGUUUGAUCCACAGUUAGCACAAGAUGUCCGUGACCUUAAAUCGCUCGUGCUGAACGACCGGGCAGUCAUAGAUGAACUGCGGAACCGAAUCUCGAACAACCUUUCACAAUCCGCUCAUCCUCCAGUCUUAGAACGGAUACAGAGCAAUUUUAAGGUCGUGCUGCGGAAUAUGUUGUCGAUAGGCUGUAUGAUCAACCAACAAAAGGAAGUUCGGAAUAUUUUGGGUGAGAUUGCAGACAAGCUAGUCGAUGCAUUUAUGCAAGUCGGGUGGUCCUCAAUUGACAUGGAUGCAUUUUAUAGUGCUAUGGCUGCAGAAUUCCAAAAUACAGCUAGUUUGGCAAGUCGUUAUCGCGAGCGGUACGGGACAAAUUGGAUACGACUCAUCACAGGGAUAAAACUGAUUUCUAUACGACUUUUUAAGCAACCUACAUCGCAGUCGAUAUUGGCGCGUAGUUUUACUAGAUAACAUCUUCCUGCAGUUUUCGUCCUUCUUUUUUCUUUUUUCUUUUACAUAUACCGGGUUACAAGGCAAAAGCAACCUAUUCGCGAUCUCUUUACAGUGUUAUCAAGUUAACACAUAUAUAAUACAGUUUCUUUUUAUUUACGGUCUGGGUAACAAUUGCAUAAGUAGAGUAUUAAUAAUCAACUUUUGAAGGACAGAACGUAAUUCUUGUAUAUCGAUGGGGAAACAUGUGUUAACAAUUCAAUUAUGGGUUGUACACUGUGGGUAUACGUUUUUCUAUGCAGUAAAAUCCAGAAAACCC